GGUGGUGUCUGCCCUACAACGCCACGGUGUGGUGUGGGAGGGAUGCCUGCUGAAGCCCAACAUGGUGGUGCCUGGCGCGGAGUCCGGGAAGAAGGCGACGCCCGAGGAGGUGGCACAGUACACCGUGUCAACACUCGCGCGUGUGCUUCCCCCAGCCCUGCCCGGCGUGACCUUCCUGUCGGGCGGUCUCAGUGAAGUGCAGGCCACGGAGUACCUGAACGCCAUGAACCGUUGCAGUCUACCACGUCCGUGGAAGCUGACCUUCUCGUACGCACGCGCCCUGCAGUCGAGUGCCCUCAAGGCGUGGGGCGGCAAGGAUGCCGGCAUCGCGGCUGGUCGCCGUGCGUUUAUGCACCGCGCGAAGAUGAAUUCUCUUGCGCAGCUCGGUCGCUACAACCGCGCCGAUGAUGACAAGGAAUCGCGGUCGCUCUACGUCGCUGGCCACUCCUACUGA